ACCCCUGCCACCCGACAGUCAUGCUCUCGUACAGUGCUGUUGGGCACUACUGUAAUACUGACAGUGCUCUACUCCAGUGGCAUUGGUGGAGGAGCACCAGAGUCUCCAGAGUGUGAAAUGUCUGUGGACACUAAGGGGACAGAGGAAUGCUUUGAGCUCAGUACCAAAAUCACAAAGUGAAAUGGCCAACGAAGACAGACACAAACUUGUUUGUCUUUGAGACAGACCUGUUUGUAUUUUCGAAAGGGGUUGCCUAAGAACAAACCUGCUCUGUGCCAUUUAACUCCAAAAGGCCCUUUAGAAUGAUUGUGUAGAUAUGAGAGGCUUUUGAAAGGUGGGCGAAGGAGCUAAAAGCCACAUGAGGAGUCCAUUAUUGGGUCUAGUGUUGGAGGAAGCCCCCUGAUCUGAUGGUAUCAGUGCCUUAGGGCAGGGAAAGUGAACGGAACAAAUGCUAUCAGGCAGCAUCGACUAAAAAAAGAGGAUCUCUAUCUCUGUCCAUGAAACUCAGAGUAGCCCAAAGCAAAAGCACACGCAUAAUACCACAGAUACACCCACACAGAGACACAGACACAAGUAUAUAAUUCAGCUCAAGGGGUGUCAGCAGCUUACCUGAAGACUGACCAGCCAAAACAGACGUGCAAGGUAUCGCAGCAGAAAAAGCAGGAUGAUGGAAGAAAAAGGAAGAGAGAAUGGAGUGGCAGCCAUGAAAGCCUGCUACCGGAGAUUUGAUCCUGCCGCGUAUCUACAGUACAACUACACUCCACCACGGGCUGACUUCACAAGAAAAGACAGCAUUGUGCCGUGGAAACUGGCAUGCCUGCACAGAGCUUUUACUGAAGGUGAUAUGAGUGGUGAGCUCCUCGUGGACAUAGGUUCAGGUCCCACCCUGUACCAGGUGAUGAGCGGCUGUGAGGUUUUUAGUAAAGUGCUCCUGACAGACUUCCUGGAGGUGAACCGGCAGGAGCUGAGGCGCUGGCUGCAGGAUGAGGGACAAUGCAGUCUUGACUGGACACCAUACCUACAGCACGUCUGCAAACUGGAGGGACGAAGGCCUUCAGCGUGGACUGAGAAAGCUGCAAAGCUACGUCAGGUCGUUGCGGACAUCCUCCCCAUUGACGUGCACUGUUCUCAGCCCCUGGCUCCUGACGCCCUUCCUUCAGCAGGGGCUGACUGUCUGGUGUCCUGCUUCUGCCUGGAGAGUGUCAGCCCUGACCUUGCUGCCUUCACCAGGGCCCUUGGCCACAUCGGGAAGCUCCUGCGCCCUGGUGGGCACCUCAUGCUCAUCGGAGCCCUCGGUGAGAGUUAUUAUCUUGCGGGGCCUGGGGUGAAGAUCCCAGUGGUCCCACUGAAUGAGGCCCAGGUCUGUACUAGUUUGAAGGAGAGUGGAUACACUCUGAUCCGACUGGAGGUUUACACACUGACUCAGGAUAUGAGGGUGGGGGUUGAUGAUGUGACUGGAGUGUUUUUUGUAAAGGCAAAGAAGGAUUAACAAGGAAGAAAGUAAACAAGUGAGAGAAAAGCAAAGAAGGCAGAUAAAAAAAUCUCAAAGAAGAAAUUAAAUAAGUCACUAUUCAGACUGAAAUAAUAUAGAUUAAGCCUGGGUAAAUGUUUAGCAGUUAUUUAGAAAGUGGAUUGCUGAUAAUGCUGAGAAUAAAAUGCACACAUAUUUCUGUUUUGAGUUAGAACCUGUGCUUUAGUCAUUUUAAGGUAUUCCAGUUUCCACACUGGGCUGGAAUAAAGCUAUUCACUUUAUUCCACCACAUUUUGUCGCAUUUUCAUCAUGUUACUCCGGACCUCCGUCUGUCUUUCUAAGAGUGAAAGUAUACGAGAGUCUAUUUUGCUGCAGAAGCACUUAUUGGUUUAGUAAAGGCAGCCACCUCCUGCAGUUCCUACAGCAUCAAGAAUGUAAACAUUAGUACUACAGUAUAUAGGCAUAUCACAUAAAAUCCCCACAGGAAUUACCCAGCCGUAUGUAAACAGCAUGUGCUUAUCUUCGUUCAGCUGCUAAUUACUCAAAAGGUUGAGAUGAUUUUUGAUUGUAUGAAUAAAAAUGCAAUGCUUAUUUAUUCCUUUUUUUCUUGGUACUAUGUGCUAUUUUAGGGAAUCGUUUUAUAUUGCCAACUGGAAACGUCUUUGUGUAAUUAGAAGGAUUGAACACUGGGUGUCGCUACUUGAUCAUCUUGAGUUGCUCCUCAAAUCUCAUCACACAUCUCUUUAGUAAAGAGAUAUCAUUGUUGUUGUUGCUAUUAUUAUUAUCAUUAUUAUUAUUGCUGCAAAACGGUUACUAAUUGUUCUCUAAAUUCGAUUACAGUGUGUAAAGACACUAUUAACAGCUUCUUUUGUGUUCCUCUAACAUUAAAAAAAGCUUAACAAAACUAA